GCUUACGUCAGUGUUGUCAAAAUGAUAAAAAUUACAGAGUGCAGGGACGAUUAUAAAUAAACAUUUUAUCCGUUCCUAAUAAAUAAUGGUGCCUUAAUUGCAAUAUACGUAAAGCUAAAGAUAUGGAGAAAGAUAUAAUAGAGUUUACUCUACCGCCAGCUCCACGAGGAUUGUGUUUUGACCGAAAUGAUUUCGUCAAGACUAACUUUUCAGUGGAUAAAUUCUUGGCUGAACAUCAAGAUGUGGCCUCCUUAGAAACUAUGCGUGACGAUUUGGGCGUGUACCUUAAAGUGUUACGAUUGGCGAUGAUAGAGCUUAUAAACAAGGACUAUGUCAACUUCGUUAAUCUAUGUGCUACAUUAAUUGGUUUUGAUAAAACAAUCGUUAAAAUUCAAGCCCCAUUAGGUCAAUUACAUGAGGAAGUUGAAGACGUAAAAAAAUGUAUAGAAGAUGCUAUGCAUGAAUUGUCACUGUGGUUAAACAAAAGACAUGCUCUUAUAAAAAAGAAACAACUUCUAAAGUUUUACAGUCAAACAAUUAAUUGCCUGAAUUCUCUAGAUAACAUACUACAAGAUAUUACAGACAAGACACGUCAGGAACAGAUAAUCUUAGCUGAUAGAGCAGCUAUGGAGUAUAAUCAGUUAAAAUUUUCGAUAGGAAAAUGUGACAGUGUAACAAAACCACAACAUAAAAAACAAUACAAUGAAGUUGGAGGCAGGUUAGUUCAGAUAUUAAAUGAUCUGAUCUUUCAAUUUUGGAACGAUAGAAAUGAAGACAACUUACUGAAAACACUGAUGAUUUUAACAUCAUUAGAUAGGAUUACUGAAACAGAAAUGUUAAUAAGAAAGAAGGCAGUAGCCCCAUUAUUACAAGAAAUCAUUAGUGAGCCCUCUUUACAAAGAAGUAAAGAGGGCCUUAAUGGGAUAUUUGAAAGAAUAUUCUCUUUACUAGACACAAAACUAAUGUUGCUAUUAAAAGUAACUCAACAUUCCAAGUUAACUUUUCAAAUGCAGAAAUUCAGGUUUUUAGUAAACUGUUUUUGGUGUGAAAUUGAACACCGUUUAGAAGUCAAUCUGGCAUCUAUAUUUGCACCUGGGAAUCCUCAGCUAUUUUAUAGGCGUUACAUGGAAAGUAUGCAAUUUAUAAAAAAGCUUGAAACAUAUUGUCAUUGCAAUGAAACUGUUAAAUUACUACACUCUACAGCAGAGUAUAAAAGUUUUCAACGAAGGUGGAAUCUCCCUGUUUACUUUCAAAUACGUUUUCAAGAAAUUGCAGGUAGUUUUGAAGCAAGUUUGAAUUUAAAUCCAGUGCAACAAAACAAAGGUGAAUUUGUGCUAGAAGAAACAUCCAAAUGUUGGAAGGCAUUACAAAACUGUUGGUCAGAGGGCAUCUUUAUUGAAGCUUUAUCCCACAAGUUUUGGAAGUUAUCUCUACAACUUUUAUCAAGAUAUUGUUCUUGGAUAAAAUCAUACUGUACACAAAGACCAAGGGAUGCUGAUGUGACUGUGACUGUUAAUAGAAGCCUUAUAACAGAUUGUUUAAAUAUAUAUGUUGAUACUCUCACUUUACUACAGAAGUUGCCAAGCUUUAUACAGAAUGUAGAGAGCAAAGUAUCUAACCAAAAGGUGAAAAUGUUAAUAAAGCAAAGCAUUUUGACCUCUGAAAUGCUUAUCCAUGAGAAUAAAGCAAUAAUUAAAGAAUGUAUGGUUAAAGAAUUAUUUGAUUAUUUAAAUAUGCAGUUGAAACAAGUAAGUGAUAUACCUCGGCUAUACCGUAAAACUAAUAGAAGUGUACCUACAAAGCCUUGCAGUUAUAUUGACAUAAUUAUAAAGACAGUUAAGGACUUUAGAGAAGACUCUGAAAGGAGACUGGAUAAUGCAUUUUUGGUUGAAAUUUUUGAAUCACUAUUUAAGACAAUGACAGAAUCAUAUUUUAAAUGUGUAGAAGAUGUUCUUACAUCUGUUCAAAAGACAGAAGAAUCACUAAGAAGACUGAAACAAAUCAGAGAAUUAUCAUCACAACAAAACAGUGAAACUGCUGGAAUAACAGAUGGUGAUAAAAUUAGAUUACAAUUGAAUGUUGAUGUUGUGUGCUAUAGUAAAUUAGCACACUCCCUAAACAUAAAUUUAAAUAAUGUGCACAAGUUAUCAGAAUUAACUUCUAUGACAUUGGAAGCUGUAAAAAAUAUAGAAAAUAAAUGAUUUUGGCAUGUUA